UGCAGGAUUUGAAUCAAUCCAACAACGAGAUGGAUCUAAGUCCUGGUACCCUUUCAGUUUCUCUUAUGAGGCAUCAGAAAAUCGCACUGGCAUGGAUGUUUCAGAAGGAAACAAGUAGUUUGCACUGUUCAGGAGGAAUAUUAGCAGAUGAUCAGGGACUUGGUAAGACAGUCUCGACGAUUGCUCUUAUCUUGAAGCAAAAGUUUGAGUCACAAAUAAAGUCUGAAAUUUCAAGCAAGCAAGAGGCUGAAAUAUUGGACCUGGAUGCUGAUGAUGAGUCAGAAGCUCCAAAGCAUGAAAGUGAAAGUGAUGUGAAACCAGAGGUCAAGGUUUCAAGCAACAGUGAGACCACGGUUCAGAGUGCUGGUGAUAAUGAUGGGAAUGGCAGUUCAGUGAAGGGGAAAGCCAAAGUUGAAGGAGCGAGUACUCUGAAACGGGAAUUUAACAGAAAGAGGCCAGCUGCUGGUACAUUAAUUGUUUGUCCAGCGAGUAUUGUGAGGCAGUGGGCAACAGAGCUUGAUGAGAAGGUUUCUUAUGAAUCCAAACUUUCUGUUUUGAUCUACCAUGGUGGUUGUAGGACCAAAGAUCCUGUUGAAUUGGCGAGAUAUGAUGUGGUUGUCACAACUUACGCCAUUGUGACCAAUGAAGUUCCCAAAGAGUCAUUGGUGGAGGAUGAUGAAGAUGAUGAAAAGGAUAACAAAGGUCUCGCCCCUGGCUUCUCUAACUACAAGAAACGUAAAGAUGCAGCGGGUACAAGUAAGAAGAGUAAGAAAAGAGGUAGAAAAGGCAUGGAUGAUUCUUCUUUUGACUCUGAUUGUGGUGCUCUGUCAAAAGUUGGGUGGCUCAGAGUAGUUCUAGAUGAAGCUCAGACAAUCAAGAAUCAUAGAACUCAAGUGGCAAGAGCAUGCUGCACUCUUCGAGCCAAAAGGAGGUGGUGUUUGUCUGGAACGCCAAUACAAAACACCAUUGAUGAUCUGUAUAGUUACUUCAGGUUCCUUAGGUAUAAUCCAUAUGCCGUGUACAAGUCAUUCUACCAUACAAUCAAGGUUCCAAUUUCCAGAAAUUCUCUUAAUGGUUACAAGAAGCUUCAAGCUGUUCUAAGGGCUAUAAUGCUGCGCCGUACCAAAGAAACAUUGCUUGAUGGGCAACCAAUAAUCAAUCUACCUCCAAAGAAAAUUAAUCUGAAAAGGGUGGACUUUUCGGUGGAGGAGCGGUCUUUCUACAAGAAGCUUGAAGCAGAGUCACAAUCACAGUUCAAGGCAUAUCAAGCUGCAGGGACUUUGAGCCAAAACUACGCCAAUAUUCUUUUGAUGCUUUUGCGUCUACGCCAAGCUUGUGACCACCCACAACUCGUGAAGGGAUAUAACUCAGAUCCUGUUGGAAAAGAAUCAAGAGAAGCAGUUAAAAGACUCCCUAGGGAGGCUCGAAUCAAUUUGCUCAAACGCUUAGAGUCAUUAUCUGCCAUCUGCAAUAUCUGUAAUGAUCCACCAGAAAACCCUGUUAUUUCGCUCUGUGGCCAUGUAUUUUGCUAUCAGUGUGUUUCAGAACACAUCAAUGGAGAUGAGAACGUUUGCCCUGUUCGGAGAUGCAGAGAAGACUUUGGGCGUGAUGUUGUGUUCUCUAAAUCUGCCCUUAGAAAUUCUACCACUAAUGAUUCAGGCUCUAGUUCUUCACAGAACAAAUCAUUUUCUCAAAAAAGCGAGUUUAGUUCAUCAAAAAUCCAAGCUGUCCUGGAUAUUCUGCAGUCGCUCUCCAAACAAGGCAGACGAAACUCAGCACAGCAUGGUCGAAACCCUUCUUCCUCACAGCCACAUGAAGAUGACGACGAUGUAACCAUUGUAGAGCCAACGACUCUUCACUCGUCUUCACCUAGCCAGGGACCAAUAAAGACGAUAGUGUUCUCUCAGUGGACCGGUAUGCUUGACUUGGUUGAGGCGAGUUUUGUUGAAAAUGGUAUAGAAUUCAGAAGAUUAGAUGGUACAAUGAGUCUUGCAGCAAGAGACAGGGCUGUAAAAGAAUUCAGCAAAGUUCCACGUGUAGAGGUGAUGCUGAUGUCGCUAAAAGCUGGAAACCUUGGGUUGAAUAUGGUAGCUGCAUGUCAUGUUAUACUUCUGGAUCUUUGGUGGAAUCCAACAACCGAAGACCAAGCUGUUGACCGUGCACAUCGUAUUGGACAAACUCGGCCUGUUAGUGUAACUCGUGUCACUAUAAAAGAUACCAUUGAGGAUAAAAUUUUGUCUCUUCAGGAAGAUAAAAGGAAAAUGGUUGCAUCUGCGUUCGGUGAAGAACAUGGUGGAAGCUCUGCGACUCGACUGACAGUAGAUGAUCUCAAACAUCUUUUUAUGGCGUAGACCAACUGGUUCUCUGCGCCACCUGUAGCCGUAUAAUGGGCUACUUGAAUUAGGUUGCAUAGUACUAUUAAUAUUGGAGAUUAUGCCCCAGCGUUUUUUUUUGAUCAAGAAGAAACCUCUAAGCUGCUUUUGUAACUGAAACUUCAAUGCUGUGGCUCUCUCCUAGGAUUUCGUGUUUUGGGUUUUGUGAGGCUUGUGUCUCGAAGGUGCAUUGACUGGAAGCAUAUGCCAUUAUGUAAAUAACUAAAUCGUUUCACGGUA